AUUCCCGAUUGACAAAAUCAAGUCCCGCCCUACAUUUUUUAUUGUUCGGGAAGCUAUUUCACUUGGAUAAACAUCACAAUAAGGAAGAAAAGGCUAUCGCAACUUCUGUUUCAUGGUGACUUUAAAGGCUUUAGCUGACAUGCAAUUGUGGUCAUAAACACAAAAAUGGUUGGCCUGAACUGCUUUUAUGUCCCCAUUCAUGUCAAAAUCAAACCUACGCACUUGACUGACGCACAAAAAAAAAAAAAAAAAAAAACGGAAAGCAGGUUGUGGAGACAGUGAGAGCAGGUAAACAUAUGGCAAAGAGGAGGCAGGAACAGACAGAAACAGGGGGAAAUGACAGGAAUAUUUUUGAACAGUGAGAACAAAACAUGGGACAAAGGAGGGAGAAGGUGUCAAUGACAGAGAAAAAAAAGGAAGGGGGGGGGGCAAGUCAGCAAACGAGAUACGCUCAUUCGCUCACGAGACAAACUGAGUGAGAGAGAGAGAGAGAGGGAGGGAGAGGGAGAGCGCAAGCCACUAUCAUUCGUUCCUGACUCCACACGGGAACACACCAUCCCUGGAACACGGAAUCAGGCAGGCUGGGAACGGAGAAACAGGAAUGCACUGGGACGAAAAAACUGAGGAGAAUAAAGAUUACCUGCCAUCUGUUGGUCUGCCUCACUCAUCUGUCAUCCACUGUCACUUUUUCUUUUUCUGAGGAGAACUUCUUCAGAGCCUCCAGUGAAAACACAUACAUAUAGAGAUAUAUCUAUAACAAUCCUAUACAUAUAUCAAUAUACAGUAUGCCUGUUUUCAUAAACAGCGUAUGGGGGACAGAACUGAGCAGAAGGAAGACACCUUGAUUGUGAAAACAAAAGCGUCAGGAGGACUAAAGAACAACAGAUAUUCCUUUGAGGGAACAGAACGGUGGAAAACACAGAAUGACUUGUAGAUUACCUACGAACUGUAGCGUGAGGCAUCUCUUCCUCGCUGGCAUCACGCAAUGUUCGGUAGGACAAAGAUCACGGAUAAGGCUUGAUUCCAACGCCGUGAUUCCUUCAGGCUUCUGAAUUGGAAUUCUACCAAGUGCUGUUUUUUUAUUCUCGGGCCACGAGACAGUUUGUCUCAAGGUGAGAUCCUUGAAUCUGGAGUCUCUCCAAAGGGGAGGAAUCUUGCUCACUCUCGCUCUCUCCCUGUAGUGAUGACAACAGCGAGCAUGUUGUGUGCUGAAGUGGCGUGGAAAGCUCUCCGUCUUGUUCACUGAUGAGGGCUGCUUUCCCUGUAUCAGCUUGCCGUUCUCUUAGGAGCCGGACAACAAGUCAGCAAUAAACCUGCUCUAAACUUGGAGACAUAACUCUUUGCUCAGCAAACUUGCUUUUUUGGUUCACAUUAACUACACUCCACUAGCUUAAUUGUCCCCAGUGGCGCUGUUGCAUUUUUGGAUACGCAUUGUGGGAUUACUAAAGAGGACCAUGGCUGCCUCACACCUGUUUUUGAAUGUGUUAACUGCUAUUUUGCUGUUGAGCUACGUUUCUUACGGUCAAAAAUCCAACACUGCCAGCACAGGUGUGCAAGCCACCAAUCGGACGGCUGCUCCGUCUGGUGCUCCAGAGGUCACUCUUGCGACCCCGGGGUCAGACGCAGAGGAAAUCCCAUCAGCCGGGAGCCGUUGUUGGGGUUACUACGACGUGAUGGGGCAAUGGGAUCCUCCGUUUAACUGUAACGCGGGAAUCUACCUGUUCUGCUGCGGCUCCUGCUACUAUCGAUUUUGCUGCCAGUUCAAGGUCCACAGCCUGGACCAGACGUCUUGUUCCAACUACGACACGCCGGUGUGGGCCAACACCGGCAAGCCGGCAGCUCCGGUGACGGAUGUCCAGGAGGAACCGGAUCGAGACCGCACUCACAUGAUCGUGUACAUAAUAUGUGGAGUGGUGGCCAUCAUGGUGCUGGUUGGGAUCUUCACCAAACUGGGCCUGGAAAAAAGUCAAGGAGGACAGACGGACAUGACAAACUCCAGGGCUCUGACAGAACUGCUGAAACAGCCAGGCGAGGCCGGGGGCGUGGACAGAGGAGGAGGCCACCACCCAAUCGGAUCCAAUGGCAUCUCUGGCAGGUCAAUGCGCACCAACAACGAGCAUAACCACCUGAAUAACGUCACGCUUCCUCCUUUGAGUCCUGCAAUGGCUCUAUCCCAGCCACACAACAACCUGGGCUACAACAAAUACUCCUCUCUCAAGACUAUGGACACUACAGCAAGGGAUUACUACCCCAAGAGCUACCCUAUGAUGGAUUACACACACCGCCAAUCCUCGCCUGCAACCUUCCAGCCCAUUGCUUUCCACCUAAAAGAUAAACCCUUCCUUCCGCCUCCAGACAUACAUACUCCUUUGGCCAUCACCAUUACAUCGGCCCAAGUUCCCAAGCCCAAGAUCUCCAAGACCAAUACACACCCACUCACCUCGACCUCGGCCUUCAAAGUCUGGGACCCCAACAAGAGUCAUGUCCAACAUCAGGUCCCUCUUAUGGCACAGUCACAGCCACCACUGUCCCAACCUAACUGUCGGCGCCAGGCCUUCACCAACAAGCGGCAGUUUAGCAUUGAGACUCUUCCAGAGUUGUUCACCCAGCCUCUGGGGUACGGACAGUCUCCACACCUUCACCCGAAACACAAGGGACUGCCCACGAACAGCAAAACGGAAGUGACAGUCUGAGGGGAAAGUCUAGAAAGGACACAAACACAAGAAAGCAUGAUUUUGAUUAGACACUGCAACUGGAUGGAUGUGAAAGCUUCUGCACAUGUGUUUCAGUUAUAUUUAUAGUAUAUUCCCUCCUUGUACAUGUUUUGGACUAGAUUUAUAUUCAUUGUACUAUAAUAUAGAGAACCGGAGAGGAGGGGUUGCAUGGUCUUGAUUCUGAUUCUCGAUGGGCCUUGAAUCCCUGGUGAUCCAACUUCCCUCUAAAAUUCUGGCCUUGUACUGCUGGCCUUCAGAUGUCUCUUGUGGCCCUGACCCAUGUGUACGAUAGCAAAAGGCAGGAGCCCUGCACCUCAGGAGCUUCACACCCUUUCAGACAAGGCCAUUGUGCUGUCAACUUCUAUCAGCCAAGAGCUGCCACACAGUGAGUUAUUAUUCAGACAAUUCUAGACCACUAAGGACAAAGAACAGCGAGGAAGCAUAAGGAAGAGGACAUUGAAGAAACCAAGGUGUCCUGUGAGAGAGAAGAAGAGAGGGAGAGAGUUUAUGAUGUCCAAGGGUUUGUUAUUUCAGUCAAUGGAUAAGGGUCUAGGUGAAAUCGGCAAAGUCCAAUGUCCCUAGGACUCUUUACCUCAACACCUUCAUCAAAGGAUGCAGUCUUGUCUAGGGAGCGGAACACCAACAUCACUUCAAGUCAUAGCUAUUCUGGCUGCUUCUAUUUCAAACUCUUGUUCGAGAGGUAAAGACAAGGUCAAUGAGCAAGUCUCUAUUACCGACAGACCUCAAGAGAGACUUUUCAGGGGACAAAAGUUGCCCGCAGAGAUAAGGUGCCAUAGUGACGGAGGAGCACACAUCUAGGUGAACAAGUCCGGCAAUGUCAUAUGUAGCACUGCCAAAACAACUUUCCUAAAAUGACCAAUGUGUAUUCUUUGCAAUAUCUGUCAAACAGCCUGCUUCCUCUGAAUACUUCCAAAUGUAAAUAAUUACGCUUCUGGUGAAAGCAAGAACCUAUUUUACCGAUCGUUUGGUGGCCAAAUCUAGCAUGUAGCGGCAAUACCUACACCUUGUAGCAUCCUAAUGCACACGGCGUGGAAAACUAUUAAAUAUGGUGCUGGGCAUCGGUUUCAGAGUGAAGAGUUUAGGUGUCUCUGGAAUUGCUCAAGAGACCAGGGAAAAUGGUAGCAAUGCUAGGCCUAUCCGUCCUCUCUCGCCUGGGGCCAAAUGACUGAUGGACACAGCUGUCAAACUCACUCACUCUCUGCUCUUCCAAGCUGUUCCCAGCCAGGCGUUUGGCUGCCACACUGCCACAGAACAGCAGGGGGCGCUGUAAUUGAUGACGGCCUGCUUCUAAUACAGCAGAUCCAAAAAUAUGUUCUCCAACGCUUUCUGUAGACUUGUUCUUUUCUUGUCUGUUUUGUCUUUUUCAUCCACAAAGGAUCUGAAUGGAGAUUUAGCGUUCUUGCUCGAAGACAAAUGCAAGGCGACAAAACAAAAUUUAAUUAUGCACCAAUUUAAAGGAGACCUGCAGAAAUGUCUGAUGGCGACCUCUUGCUUCUUUACAUGACAAUAAAGCAUCUGUGUACUGAGCAAACAGAUGUGUCUAAAAAAAUAGCACACUUUGUUUGAACAGCCUUGUGAGAUUUUACGGGCCAAUGACAACUAAUGUACAAGCCACCUAGGGACUUAUUCAAGAGUGUGAAAUGUUCAGAGUUCAACGAAACUGCUCCUUUGGGCUGCUUGCAAAUAAAACGGCAAGAGGCAGAGAUGGAUUAUUGAACUCGGAACGAGAACACUAGAUUCCAUUAUACUCAUUGCAGUACACUUUACAGCAAUUGAGCUUGUAAUGAACUAUAAAAAGGGACAAAAAAGGAAGUUCUCUCUCUCUAUUCUCACCAGAUUCAUUUUGGAGUUAAUUUCAACUUCUGGACCAACUCCAGGGACAGCAGCUCCAAAAAUAUGACAGCAAAUACAGUUACAGCAUGUUCCUGGAUGGCUAUUUUCAACCGUUGAAUUGAUGCGAGGAUGUAUCAACAUGCUCUCAUGGGUCAGCGUUGAGUCAAACUAUCCUGAGCUACAGCAGUGCUUCAUUUUGUCUCGGUGGCAAUGACUCCAGAGUGUCAUUGGGUUUCAGGGGCAAACCCUGGAGGACAGACACGACUGGCACAGAGAUGUCAAGCGAUGCCAAGGUGAGCCAGCUACACAACCCUCUGCCUGGAACGGAGCCACUUUGUCGGCCAGGAGGUCAUAAAGUCUGUCUUUGAGGAAUGCUCGAGAAGAACAGAGUAGAUUUAUCUGUCAAUAAAACCACAGUGACAAAGAUCAGCUUAAAACCUGAAUCAAAUGAGGAAUAACUUCCUGGAAUAAACUUUGUACAAAUCAAGUACAAAUCAAAGCACUGGAUUGGUCAGGUUACCUCUUUAAUUCUGCAGGUUAAGGACUAAAAAGUGAAAUCAAGUGUUGUUGAGUGCAUUCACAUCUGUUACAAAGAAACACAAGCUGUAAAUAUCUUCUUCCGAAUUCCUUCGGUGUGAAGACUCGUUUCCAGUGGUUAUUUUAAACCACCCAAAUAAGCUGAAUGACUGUUGUUUCUGAUUUCUUCUUAACAUACAAGUGUUCUACCUGUGAUGUGAAUGCCACCGGGUAGCAUUUUAUCUUUAGCAAUAUAUGAUGUACUUUUUACUGUUUAUGUACUAUUUGCAAUGUUGUUUUUUUUGUACCGUAAGCGUAAAUGGAAUCAGAGUCGAGUCUGCCGCAGUUGACAACCAUUUGAUGGAGAUGAAGUGCUUCCGAAUUUUAACACCCUUCUCACUUUCCUUACUAACUUAAAAGAUGUCUUGCCAUAUUUUAAGCUUGCGCUAUAUGUAUAAAGCAUAUGCUUUAUUUAAUCAUUUUUAAAAGAUGUAUUAUAACCAAUGCUUGAAUGACAUCUUAGUUGCCAGUCCAGAGACAUGUAAUAUGUAUAUUAGAGAAUCACAUUGUUCCCAUUUGUUUGAUGGCUCCAUUCGUUUGGUGGUAUGUUUGACCAGUCUAAUCUUAUGCACUAUUCUAAGCUGUACCUUUUGUCGAUGUAUAAUUAGGAUGAAUUCUACUAAGGGCUUUUAAAGAGGUGUGUGCUCUUAAGAGGAGUUGCCCGUGUUGAACAUGGAAAGGGUUAGUUUUUCCCAAUGCAAUGAGGAGUGCAACUGCUUGUGUUGAGUGGACAGAGUUUACUUUGGUGAAUUCUGUUUUGUGAUCAAAAGUUGAGAAAGUUUCUAGCUGUAACAUACUCAUAGGUUGUGUAAUACCAUCCAUCGCGAAGCAAAAAAUGUUCCCUUCUUAAGAAAACAGGAAUGUUCUUGUUUGAACCCAGAAAAGAUAUGCAAAAACGCGUUAAGGGUAUAUGAGAGCUUAUUACAGGCGUGGAAAAAGACAACUGCUCUAAGAUUGAACUUACCAGCAUUAAAGGAAAUCCAAAGCCAGCUACAGCACUGCAGGUUGAUCCUAAUUAAAAGUCACUGGUUACAUCAUCGAUAAAAAGAACGACAGGAAGACUAAUUAGGCUUGAACAAGGCCAGGUUUUUUUACCGCAACACUAGCAUUGAGAAAUAUCUCCUGUCACAUUUGUGUUUUACAUGUUUACUGAUUAUAUACGCCCGUUUAUUCAUACAUCAGGUUUAAAAGAGCAAAAAGUUUAAUAUAUAAAAAUAAUGUGUAAAAAUGUAUGUAUAUGAUGUGAAUAUAAUGCAGCAUUAGUUUACAGCCUUUCACAAAUACACACACACUCUAGAGCUGAGGAUUUGACAUUGUAAACACAGUGUUUUGUGCGUGUAAACUUUUUAAAUGCUUUUCUAGGUGCAGCCAGCUGAUGUUACAUCAUGUCCUAAGGGUGUGACACAACGCGUUUCCAAGUAAUUUAUUUGUCCAAAAUGCCAUGCAAACACUGCAACAGUGACAGCCUGGUUUCUGGAAGUAUUAUUUCCAAAUGAUAUUUCAUUGAACCAAGCAAAUGGCUCUGAGAUAAAUCAUUAAAUCAAUAUUUAGGCAAAAAGUAUUUUGAAUUUAAAAAUGGGAAAAAGAAACAAAAGCAUAAGACUAUACUUGGCAUUUUUUUGAAGUGAUGAAGUUCUCAAACCAAGAAGCACUGCAAAUGAUGUAACAAAAUCAGCAAUAAUGGUACAAUGUAAAAUGAUUCAUUAUCAAAGUCAUUGAUUAUCAGAAAUAGUAUUGAGUAUUAUGCUUGAAAAUAUUCAAACAUAAAACUUUAAUUAUGCCAUUAGCAGCGCUUUAUGGGAUCAAAGGGGAUUUUACUACCUGUUGUGCUCUAGCAAGCAGGAUUUUGGACCAAUAAGAUCUCACUGUUGGCGGGGCUACCCAACACAAUGCUAUAAUAGUCAUGUCUGGUUAGGACACAGGUUCCCUUGCUGAGAUAAACAAAACAGUAUACUCUUUCCCUUCCUUUAGCUCUAUGUCAUCAGCAUUCACUCUCUCUUUUCCACUCAUCCUAGCUUCCUCUUCUAACUCCUCAAGGCUCAAUGGACGUUCACAUUAAAUUCGAUUAAAUUGUUGGGAGUCACAGAGUCUACACUGUCUGCAUUCUUAAUGGUAGUCACUAUAUUACAUGGUAGUUUAUUUGCAUAAAAUUGAACCUACCUUAACUUUAGGGUUGUUGUCGUUUGUGUCACCCAGUUAAUUGUCAUCCCUCAAUAAAAAUGGCAAAUCACCGUCAGUGUGAACGUCCAGUCACCAUCCAUCUUCAAAAUGACAUAAAUGUACACACAGGACCUGUAGACAGGGGUGUAAGAAAUACUGAGAAAAUAUACUUUUGUAUGGGUACUGUGUCGAUCAAUAUCACGAUUUUUGAUCAUGGUGAGCAUAAGAGACUUCUUUCAAAAUUAAUUAAAAUUCGACAUCAAACCCUUGAACUGUAGUGUAAUUGUACAUAGCUUCAUUUUGACAUUUCAGACUUUCUUUAGUAAAGUAACUUUGAUGCAAAGCAACCUAUUUAAUCAUAGUUGUCUUCAGUGUCCCGAAUAUAUGACUCUAGGACACUAAAAUGCGUUUAGUGCUAAACUGAAAUCAUUAUUCUGAAACGUAAACUGUGCAUUGUGCAGAUCGAACAUGUUUGAGUCAAUUUCAUCUUCAACAAUGGUUACAAUACGUUGUGGUGAUUGAUGAGAUGUUUUUUAACAAGGAUGAAUGACCAUAGUUUGACCAAUUACAGUACAUUUUACAUUGAUUUUACUGCUUGUUUCUCUGGAUUCCGGGACCUUGAUAUGCCUUUUUUAGUUAAAUAAAUUAUAUAUUCUUAAUAAAAGAACAGAAAAGAAUUUCCAGAACAACACUUUAGUGACGAAGCACACAACAUUUUCAAGUACCUUAUACCCUUGCCUACAGGAACCCGAGCAGCCAGAAACUGAUCAUCAAACUUCAACUACUGCACCAUCUCACACUUGGACAGUUUCAUUGAUUAUAAUCUAGUUUUGUCGCAUCACUCACUUGCAGUGUAGACCUCAUAUUACAGUAGUCUCCCUCUCCUUCCUUCUCUCUCUGUCACUGUCUCGUUUGUGUUUGUUCCUCCGUCUCUCAUCGGAACAGUAGGAGGCGUAAGUCUCAGCUGUCGGUGAUAUCUAAGUUAAUAUGGGUCUCCUGAGGCUGGGGAGAGAGAGAAAUGGAGGAUAAUACAGUACAUGAUGAUGAAGAACUGUGGGUGGAGAGAGGAGAUCUGUCAUCCUCUCCUCUCGUUUCCAUGUACUCCAUCUCUUUUGCUUGUCUAAUGCCCCAUUUCCAUAUCUGCCAUGCUUUUUUUCCUCUUUAAGUCUGGCUGCACUUUGAGGAGAUGUUGAAUAAUUCAGAGAAAUAAAAAUUUACAGGAUGGUGAAAGAGAGAGACAGUCAGAGAAACACAGCUGUAGAAAGCACAUGAAAAACUGGCAAUUCAAAUGUGAAGCUGGAAUGCACCUAUUUGAGUUGAACCACAAUUUAUUGUCGUAUAAGUGUGUAAGUUGUACGUUUUUAGAAGACAUUUAUGGACUGUUAUGAUGUCUGGGAAGGUUUGGCUUGACUAUUAAGGAAUAUCCUAUGUUCGAAACAAGCUUAAGACCCUGUGAAUUUGCUUGAUUAGCACCAUUUGGUGCCCUGUGUUGACAUUUUCUAUUGAAACAGAAAGUUUGAGUGGGGCACAAAAUCUCAUCCCCUUUUUUUUUUUUUUUUUUUUAAAUAGCUAACAGGAAUGAAUCAUGAUUUGCUACAGGUGGUAUCAGGGGGCGGGGCAUUCUCAUUCUACAGAUCUGAUUGGACAAAAAUCUGUUCAGUGCAGGAUGACUCAACAAUAUUUCUAAGAAACUCUUAGACAUUUUUUUAAAUGGAAAGUUGUGAAUGUGCAAUAUGUGCUAGCUAUUUUUAGCAACUUUUAGGAAUACAUUAGCCUAUAGGUUGUUUCAAAAGCUAUCUGACAUGGGUUAAAAACAACAAAAACUAUUUUCAUUGGGUCUUGAAGCUAUCAUCAAAAACAUCUGUAAGCUUCUGUCGAUAACCUUAGAAAAUAUUGUAAUUACAACCUAAAACAAUUUAAUGCAUUUACAAUGGAAGUCUAUAGCAUAAACAUCACCAUUUCAAAAGUAUAAAUGCUAAACCUUAAGAUUAUGUGUGUUAAAAUGUUUGAUAUUUCUUACUAACCUUGUCUGUGAAGUUAUAUCCAAAUGAACUGCUGACAGACUUUAAACUUGUUUUGAGCUAGUAUAUUCCUUAAAAGAUUUACAGAACACUGACUACUAAAACUGUCUAAUAAUACAAACUACAAAUCCCAUGAUUUAAUGCAACAAUUGUUGUAACCAUCAGGUAGAAAGAUGUCUGUAAAUGCUUUCUGUUAGGUCAGCAUGAGAUCUACCUUAUUCAAUAAAUAAAUAAUGAUUAUUAUUAUUAUGAAACAAAUUUUUUACUAAGCAAUGAAAUGACUGAACAUAUGGUAGAGGAAAUGUGAUGUUAAUGAUAACAAGAGCAAUGAUGAUGAUGAUAAUGGCAACAGUAAUCAUGCCUACACAACAGCAAAGAAAAUGCCAAUUGUUUCUACGACACUAGUUGCAGUUUAUAAGGAACAUACGGACAUGGUCCAACUGAUUUAAUGGCUUUUUAAACAUCUCUUUAUAACAGAAACAUUGUUAAGUGUUCUUUGUAUAAACUUGUUUAAAAAAUAAAAGGCAGAGUGAAACACUC